AUGUCUUCUGAUAAGGAAGAAUCUCAAAGUGAUAAUGACAAUAAAGUUACUGUUCAACUUCCGGUUGAUAAUAGAAAAGCUAUAACAGUUUUAUUGUUGUGUUAUGAAAAAAAUAAUGAAGAAGUUAAUUAUGGUUCAAUUAGUGGUAAAGUUUGGCUUAAAAGUUCAGACGAAGCUACGUUUGAUAAAAUCAAGGGUCAUCCUGAAGAAUUAGCUGCUGCUAUUUUUUCAAAAUCAAAUUCUGAAUUUGAAAUUAAAUGUAAAAUAAAUAUUCCAAUCAAUUAUAUUCCUGAUCAAGUUUUGAAAUUACGCGAAACAAAUCCAAAUUAUGAAUAUCAAAAAACUGUAAAUGAUUUUGUUUCUGAUCCUGAAAUUCAUAAUGUAAUAAUUGAAAAUUGGACUGAAGAAUAUGGUGAAACAAUUAAAAAUUCUUUAGAAGAAAAAAAUUAUUUUUUUGAAACACGUCUUUCUGAUAAUAUUAAAAAAUUUAUUUUAUUAUUUGUUCAUAAAAAUGAGAAAGAAUAUCGUUAUAUUAGUAUUGAUUUAAAAAUUAAAAAAGAUAUUCCUGAUGAUUAUUUCUUUAUUUUAUUAGAAAAUAAUUUUAAAGAGUAUAAUUUUCAAAAUAAUUAUAUCGCAGAAGGUCCUUCUUUUUAA